AUGUUCUUCAGCAUCGUUCUCAUUCCCGGAGAGACAUCUACAAGUAUCCUACAAAGACAUACAAACGAAAAAGUCAAAGACAUGGUAGAAAAGCUGACGGCCAAAAGCGGACUCAUACCUAUACAGCGGGUACCUCAGCCUGAAGAUAUAGCUCAAAGUAUCAUGUUUCUAGCGAACAGAAAUAGGUCGAUGUAUAUCGUUGGUCAUGUGUUGGUCAUUGAUGGUGGUGCAUCUCUACAAAUGCCUCUAGUCACUGAGGGUUCCAAAAUCGUUGCAAGUAUCAUAGCCGGUGUACCCAUAAAAUGA